ACCAUAAGCAUUUGCUUCACGGCGUCUCCUUUCUUCUUCUUCUUCUUCAUCUUCUUCGUUUGUUGUUGCUCUCAAUUGUCACUAUCAGCUUUUUCAAAAAGUCUUUGCUUGCAGAGCUCCACUAAAUUAUUGGGGUUGGGUGUGACCUAUUGAAAUUGUGGCUCUGCCUCACCAUUCUUCACACUACUUUUCAUGCUCCUAUUAAUUCAUUGCUUCUCAAUCCCAUGUUGCCUUCUGCGCCUGAUUUCAUGCACUUGGGUGUGGAAUAUUACUAAACUAACUACGUUUCUAGAUUGGAGACGGAAAGAGAAGCUCUUAUUAGCUUUUCCACACCGCAAGAAGACUUAAGACUAUGCUGUGGGCAACAUGGAGUAUUAAAACUCCACAAGUUCCCCACGUGCUAAUUUAUGGAAGCAUCUGAAUUAUCUUCUUCAUAUUGAUUCUCAAAUUGAUAUUUUUGGUUCCAAUUAAUGUUUGGUUUUUGAUCUGGGGCUAUCAUAGAAAAUUGUAAAACUCCGAUUUAAAUACUAAGAAAGUUGUCAAGUGGAGGACUUUCUUCAGUUUUUUUCUCUCUCCUUGUUCUGUUUCUUUUUGGGGCUUCAUCACUGUGAUUGGUAUCAAUGAAAUCUCCAGAGAGGCAACAAAGUUCCCAUGGGAAGACGAUGACAAAGCAGUUGACUGGAAAACGGGAAGACACGCCGCUGCAUACGGCGGCGAGAGCAGGGAAUUUGGAAUUGGUUGUGGAGAUCAUCUCUAACAUUGAGGAGGCAGAGUUGAAGCAAUUGCUGUCCAAGCAGAACAACUCGGGUGAAACCGCCCUCUAUGUUGCUGCUGAGCAUAGUUAUGUAGAUUUGGUGAAAGAGAUGAUAAAGUACUAUGAUGUUAGUUUGGCUGGUACCAAAGCUAAAAAUGGCUAUGACGCAUUCCAUAUUGCUGCCAAGCAAGGGGAUUUGGAGAUAUUGAAGGUCCUCUUGGAUGCCUUCCCUGAACUUUCAAUGACUGUUGAUCCAUCCAACACCACUGCGUUACAUACUGCUGCAGCACAAGGCCAUAUUCAAGUAGUAAAAUUUCUCUUGGAGGAAGGUAGCAGCUUGCUUACCAUAGCAAAAAGCAAUGGGAAAACUGCCUUGCAUUCAGCUGCAAGGCACGGGCAUUCGGAGGUUCUCAGGGCCCUUUUGAGCAACGAAUCUGGCAUCACAACAAGAAUUGAUAAGAAGGGGCAGACGGCUCUCCACAUGGCUGUUAAAGGAAUGAAUUUCGAUCUUGUGGAUGAGCUGGUUAAGUCAGAUCCUUCUUUGCUAAGCAUGACUGAUAACAAGGGCAACACUGCGUUGCAUAUAGCAACACGGAAGGGUCGAGCACAGAUUGUUCAUAAGCUACUAGAUCAUGAGGAAGUGGAAUUCAAAAUGGCCAUUAACAAAUCUGGAGAAACUGCUUUUGACACUGCUGAGAAAACCGGGCACUCUGAGGUUGCUGCCAUUCUACGAGAGCGUGGAGUUCAAAGUGCCAAAUCCAUCAAACCACCAACAGCCACGGCUAAAGAGCUGAAACAAACAGUUAGUGACAUCAAACAUGGGGUGCAUAAUCAGCUAGAGCACACAAUUCAAACACGAAAGCGUGUGCGAGGCAUAGCAAAGAGACUUAACAAAAUGCACUCAGAAGGGCUUAACAACGCAAUCAACUCCACUACAGUUGUCGCUGUCCUUAUUGCCACUGUUGCCUUUGCUGCCAUAUUCAAUGUCCCAGGCCAAUAUGCUGAUACUCCGCAAAAACUUCAACCUGGAUUUUCUUCCGGGCAAGCAGAAAUCGCUUUUACAACAGAGUUUUUGGUAUUUAUCAUCUUUGAUGCUAUUGCCCUGUUCAUAUCAUUGGCUGUUGUGGUUGUUCAAACCUCAGUUGUGGUAAUAGAGAGGGGAGCUAAGAAGCAAAUGAUGGCUGUUAUAAACAAGCUAAUGUGGUUGGCUUGUGUGAUGGUUUCAGUGGCAUUUCUUGCACUGUCAUAUAUUGUUGUGGGAAAAGAGAAUAGGUGGUACGCCAUUGGGAUAACAUGCGUAGGGACAGUCAUUAUGGUAGCAACGUUGGGUACAAUGUGUUACUGGGUGAUUAUGCAUCGAAUCGAGGGCUCUAAAUUGCGAAGGAGGUCCUCCACCAUGAGCAGUACUAAAUCACGAUCAUGGUCUAUAUCUACAAGAAUAUCAGAUUCCGAGAUCCAACCCAAUGAGUAUAAGACAGUCUAUGCCAUUUGAGAUCUUCUGUGCCUCUUUUCCCAGCCAUUGUUUGAACCUUGCGAGUUGCACAUGAAUCUUUUCUCCUUCUGUAUAUAUAUUUAAGAUUCGUAUGUAACGUACUCUCGGAUUUUGCUAGUAAAUGGCAACGGGAGCCACUGAUGCAAGAGUAUAUUUUUUACUA